AAUGCGAAUCUCUCCUCGCUCUGCCAAGGCUUAUGGUGCAACAUUGUACACCGAAGUCGUAAAAAAAUUAAAGCUAAUUGAGGCGGACUAUUUCGAUUUGGAAUUUACGGAAACCAGCGGUUGCAACUGUUGGCUCGAUAGAGAAAAACCAGUAUUGAAACAGUUGAACCCAGCCGAUUAUACUUUGAGAUUUGUUGUUAAGUUUUACACGCCUGAUCCUGGUUUGUUAGAAGACGAAUAUACUAGGUAA